AUGUCUGAAGUAUCUUCAUCAAAAGAAAAGCCACAUCAAGAUCUAUUUGUACCAGUUAAAUUAUUUAAAUGUUCUUUGUGUCCAUUUUAUGCCAAUUAUGAUCGUUACGAUAAACAAUAUAAUGUACCACCACCACCACCAACAACCGAUGAGAAAUUUCGAAAAAAAAAAAAGACUGUACCUGGUUGUUCUAUAUUAUUUUUAGAAAGUGUAUAUUUAUUAAAUGAUCCAUUUAUUCAAAAACGUCGUAUAGGAGGAAUUUCCUCAACUACUAAUCAAUCACAGUCAACGUCUCAUUCUUCUGUCAUAAUUGGUUCAAAAUGUUUUCUAUGUCAACGAGAUGUUUGUGUAUCAUCUGAUUGUAGUACAUUUUAUACAAAACGAUUUUGUCUUGAAUGUAUAGCAAAUAAUCAAGAAGAAUUUCCAAAAGAAUUACUUCAAGAAUUAAAGAUAAAACUUGAAAAAUUUGAACAGAUAUCAUCAUGA